AUGUCGUACACUUACAGAGACCGCGAACGAGACUGGGACGAGACCCGUCCUGUGUCAAUCAAACGUUACGUCGUUGCUCCUGAAGACGACCGUCGAGACGACCGUCGAGACUUCAUGUCAAGACAUGAUGAUUCUUUCGGCGGCGAGCGCGAGUUGGUAAUCCGGCGCAAAACAGAUCGUGAAGAGCCUGUGACUGUCUCGCGCUAUGAGCGAGAGGUGGAGUAUGAGCCACCCGCACGCUACGAGAGAGAUUACUACGAUCGUGAGUACCUACAUCCCUAUACCAAUUAUCCACAUUCCCGGUCCAUCGAUUCCCUGGAACGAAUGGAGCAGUCCCAUACUGCUACCACCAUUGGCACCCCAAAGCAACCCGUACUUAUUCGUGAAGCCCGCACUUCGUAUACCAGUCCCCGUGAAUCCGACUAUGAUGUCGUGCGCCGCUCCGAGGCCGACGAGGACCCUUAUUACUACCACCGUCACCGCCGAGUCCGUGAGCACGACGACCAUCGCUCCCGGCGUGAGCUGAGCCCGAAUGAUUCAGUCUCCCAGACUAGUCGCCGCCGCCGCGGUGAUCGUGAUCAGGACUACAGUAGCGAUGAUAGCAUGGUCUACAUCCGAAAGGAAACCCGCGACUAUGACGACCACCCUCACCACCGUCGCCACAUGGCAGAGGGUGCAUUGGUAGGUGCUGGCGCGGCUGAGUUGUUCCGCAGCCACAGCAAAAAGGAUGGCGAAGUCAGCCAUGGCGCCAGCCGUGUCGGUAAGACUGUUGGUGCCGGUGCUCUUGGUGCAGUCGCUGUGAAUGCUGCAUCGCGUGCUCGCGACUACUACCACCGUAGCAAGAGCCGCCAUCGUGCUCAUUCCUUUGAAGAUGACCGUUCCCAUCGCCACAGCAGACAUGGCCGGAGUCGUCGCAGUCGCAGUCGCAGCCGCUCUCACUCGCACUCUCGUACAAAGACUCUCCUCGAGCUGGGAGUUGGUGCCGCGGCCGUGGCUGCUGGUGUGGCUGCAUUGCGUAGCAAGUCGAAAGCCGGAGACCGCAAAGGCCGAUCUCGCACUCGCUCCCGUUCUCGGGCUGCUAGUCGGGGUCGCUCGGUGAAGGACGGAGAACAGGGUGAACACGGCAUGUCUGAGCGCGGCAAGCACAUGGCUGGCGCUGGACUGGCCGGUGCGGCCGUGGCUGGCCUGGUUGAAAAGGUCCGCAGCCACUCGCGCUCUCGAAAGGGUGAGCGCUCCCGCUCCCGCAGUCGUUUGAGACAAGCUCUUCCCAUUGUGGGUGCCGGUCUUGCGACUGCUGCUGCCACCGGUCUCUACGAGAAGAAUAAAGGUGAUAAAGAUGAAAAGGAGGGCUUGAGCCGGGGCCGCCAUCGCUCAAGGUCUCGCAGCCGCGCCCCGUCACAGUCCUAUCCCGAUCCAUCUCGCGAUUCGACCGGCCUGAUAGAAUACGGCAACGAUCCAGUUGCAGGUAGUAUCCCAUCUGAGCACUACUACGGUCAGCCCGGUGCGACCUACUACGAUGCACCGGAAGCCUACGUUCCCAGACGUCAUACCCGCAGCCGCAGUCGGAGCCGAGCCCGCUACAGCAGUUCAUCUGGUUCUGACCGCGAAGGUCACCCUCGACGAAGCAGGAAGCACCGUAGCCGCUCAAAGGACCUCGCGGGCGCCGCCCUGGGUGCAACAGGACUCGGCUAUGCAGCACACAAGUACAACGAGCGUCGCAAGUCCAAAGAACGGGAACGCGAACACUCCAAGCGUGACGACCACGUCCACCGUGAUCCUUAUGAAGAAUCCUAUGACCCAGAACCAUACCCGCUUUCCCCGCAGACGGCCCCGGACUACCCCCCUCCACCUGGCGCUGCCCCUCCCCAGCCUUACGCCUAUGGCGCUGCAUCACGAGGACCGGGACCGGGACCGGGGCUAGGACCCGAGCAGUACGCCCCUCGGCCGCGUAGGGCUGAUGACAAUGUGAGCAGCUCCACCCUACCUCCUGAUAUAAACCACGCGCACAAGGGUCUAAACAUCCACCCAUUUCCAUCUCCAUCCCGGUCAACUAGCCAACCGCCACAAGUCUCGAAGUCCGUCACUUUCGACUUGACGGAUUCCCCGCGCGAUCCUGGCUACGAGACUGAUGAUAGUGAUUCUACCGUUGAACUAUAUUCAUCUUCGCAUUCCAAAGAUAGAAACCACCAUCGCAAUCGAGAUCAUGAUUAUGAUCAUGAUAGCCAUCACCAUUGUCGCCGCCGUUCCUCAUCUGUUCCCUACCCGCCUAUGCCCUAUCCUAGUCCUGCUUCUGAUCACCAUCAACAUCACUCACCAGCCCCAAGACACCACGAGGGAAGAAAUCAGAACAAAGCCUCUGGAGCCGAGUCCGACUCAACCAUCGACCUACCCAACCGCUUUGACGGGCAAGGCCAUCUUAUUCCCGAGCGCAACCCUGCUGUCGAUAAAUUCGAGGACCUGGUGAAUAGGUUUAGCAAGGUUCUGUUCUAG